AUGAGUGUCUCUGUGCUGAGUCCCACCAGAGCCCUGGGCGGGGUCUCUGGGCUCCUGCAGGUGGUCUCCCUGCUCGGCCUGGUUCUGCUUUUGCUCAAGGUGGCACAGCUCUACCUGUACAGACAGUGGCUGCUCAAAGCCCUUCAUCAGUUCCCGUCUCCUCCUUCCCACUGGUUCUACGGACACAAGAAAGAGUUCCAACAGGAGAGUGAGCUGCCACUGCUACUGAAAAGGGUAGAGAAAUACCCAAAGGCCUGUGCUCGCUGGCUGUGGGGCACAAGUGCCUUAGUAUCGGUCUACGACCCUGACUACAUGAAGAUGGUCCUGGGGAGAUCAGACCCAAAGCCUCAUAGAACCUACAAAUACUUGAAUUCCUGGAUUGGGACAGGUUUGCUGCUGUUGGAGGGGCAAAAAUGGUUCCAGCACCGGCGGAUGCUGACCCCAGCCUUCCACUAUGACAUCCUGAAGGCCUACGUGGGAUUCAUGGCCAGCUCUGUCCGAGUGAUGCUGGACAAGUGGGAGGAGCUUGUCAGCCAGGACUCACAUCUGGAGAUCUUUGGACAUGUCUCCUUGAUGACCCUGGACACCAUCGUGAAGUGUGCCUUCAGUCACCAGGGCAGCAUCCAGACGGACAGGAACUCCCAGUCCUACAUCCAGGCCAUCAGGGAUCUCAGUCAUCUGAUUUUUUCCCGACUGCGGAAUGCUUUCCACCAGAACGACCUCAUCUACAGGCUGACCCCUGAAGGCCGCCGGAACCACCAGGCCUGCCAGAUCGCCCAUCAACACACAGAUGCAGUGAUCAAGGAGAGGAAGUCUCACCUGCAGAAGGAGGGAGAGCUGGAGAAGGAGAGGAGAAGGAGGACCUUGGACUUCCUAGACAUCCUCCUCUUUGCCAGAAUGGAGAAUGGAAGCAUCUUGUCUGACAAGGACCUCCGUGCCGAAGUGGACACAUUCAUGUUUGAGGGCCAUGACACCACAGCCAGUGGCAUCUCCUGGAUCCUGUAUGCUCUAGCCUCCCACCCUGAGCAUCAGCAGAGAUGCAGGGAAGAGAUCCUGAGCCUCCUGUGGGAUGGCACCUCCAUUACCUGGGAUCACCUGGACCAGAUGCCCUACACCACCAUGUGCAUCAAGGAGGCACUGAGACUCUAUCCACCAAUACCAGUCAUUGGCAGAGAGCUGAGCAAGCCCAUCACCUUCCCUGAUGGACGCUCCUUACCUGCAGGAAUCUUAGUCUCCCUCUCCUUUUAUGGACUUCAUCACAACCCAACCGUGUGGCCGAACCCGGAGGUGUUUGACCCAUCCCGGUUUGCACCAGGUUCUACUCGACACAGCCAUGCCUUCCUGCCCUUCUCAGGAGGGUCCAGGAACUGCAUCGGGAAGCAGUUUGCCAUGAAUGAGUUGAAGGUGGCCGUGGCCCUGACCUUGCUUCGCUUUGAGCUGUCACCGGAUCCCUCCAGGGUCCCUGUGCCCACUCCAGUCAUGGUGCUGAGAUCCACAAAUGGGAUCCACUUCCAACUCAGGAAGCUGUCUGAUCCAGGUGGAGACAAGGACAAGCUCUGA